AUGACAUCGUGGGAAGCUAAAGCUGCUGCCAAGCGAGCAAGCACAAUUGCCAAGAUCCCGCCUGCAUGGAGGCUAAGCACAGCCGAUCUUCAAAGGGCCAAGGAUGAGCGAAAUCUCACGGGACCCUUCAUUCGCGGAUUUCUAACAGAUAGUGUUAAUACCAUCACAGCCAAGGAUAGCCUCCAGCUGGUCGAGUCCCUGCGGCGGGGACAUCUGACCGCCGUCGAGGUCACGACGGCCUUUUGCAAUACCGCUGCUGUCGCACACCAGAUUAACAACUGUCUCCACGAGAUAUUUUUUGACGAGGCCAUUGAGCGCGCAAAGCAUCUGGACGCAUACUUUGCUCAGCACAAAACCGUCCUAGGACCGCUUCAUGGCCUCCCUAUCAGCCUAAAGGACCAAUUUCACGUCAAAGGUGUCGAUACAACAAUGGGCUAUGUGGGAUGGAUUGACAGCAACCUGGGCAUCACCGACCCAAGCCAAAUACACAAGCUUGAAAGCCAGAUUGUCACCGAGCUGCUGUCUCUAGGUGCUGUGUUGUACUGCAAGACAAGCGUGCCGCAAACUCUUCUAUUUGGCGAGACCAAGAACAACAUCAUCGGCCAGACUCUCAAUCCACACAACCACAACUUGUCGUGCGGCGGAUCGUCUGGUGGCGAGGGGGCGCUGCAGGCUCUGGGAGGCAGCACGCUGGGCGUCGGCACGGAUAUUGGGGGCUCGGUCCGCAUUCCCGCCUCCUUCAACGGGAUAUUCUCCAUCAAACCAACGCCAGAAAGGGUUUCCUACCGUAAUUCUGCCAACACGAACCCGGGACAGAAUACCUACCGCUCUGCUGUUGGCUUUCUCAGCACCUCGCUAGGUGGUCUGGAGCUCAUCCUCAAAGGAAUUCUGUCUACAAAACCAUGGCUGAAAGAUCCUGCCGUUGUUCCGAUACCCUUCCGUCAGGCUCUUUUCGAUGAAUACGUCUCUCGUGCGGAGCCUAACGGAUCAGUUACCCAUUCCAAGCAGUCGUUGAAACUUGGCGUUCUGCGGACAGACGGUGUUGUCCAGCCUCACCCUCCGGUCACCCGAGGUUUGAACGUUGUGGUAGCUGCACUCCAACAAGCGGGUCAUCUCGUCGUGGAUUGGCGUCCCCCUCCUCAAAGAACAGCCGAGAGGGUGCAUCUAUCGUUUCUAAAGGCGGACGGCGCACACGACAUCCACAGUCACCUUGGUCUCUCUGGAGAGCCACUAAUACCGGAGCUUCAGGAGUCAUUUAGGCUCAAGCCUCCGAUGGGGCUGCUCGAAUACCAGCACAAUACGCUAGAGGGACUCGCUUAUGAAGCCAAGUAUUCAGAUUACUGGAACCAGACUGCGAGUGAUGAUGGUCAAAUUGUAGAUGCUGUAAUCAUGCCGGUCGCUCCUCACGCGGCAGUAAUUCCUGGAAAAUAUUAUCACACUGCAUAUACCGAGGCUAUCAAUUUGUUAAAUUACAGCGCGGUCGUUAUACCCGUGACAAAAGCCGAUAGAGCCCUUGACGCCAUAGACAGCGAUUAUCGUCCCAAAAAUGAAAUAGACCAGCGCAACUGGGAUGCUUACGAUCCCGAAAUCUAUCAUGGGGCUCCCGUCGGAGUCCAGCUCGUUGCUCGAAAGUUUGAAGAGGAAAAGAUUUUGGCCAUUGCGAAGAUAGUUUUCGCUGCCCUUGAAGAGGCAAGGAACAGGAAAGAUGAUUGA